CAUCAAUGGACGAACGACUGUCAAAAUAAAACAAAUCGAGAAAGAGUAAAGAUGAAGUAAUGGUCGUUUUGAAAAAAUAAGCUGUCAUUACAUUGGCAUUCUCAACAAAAUAAGGUAGAAAGUGAUUGUGGCUACCCUUCAGUUAUGAUUGGAAUGACAUAGCAAAAGAAACUGUAAUGAUGAACAGUGUUGACAAGCUAGAUGCUAUAGAAAAGCUCAUUGGAUAUUCAGGGUUGGAGCGUGCCAAAGCAAAGGACUAUUUAGAGCGCUGCCACUGGAAUGUACAAAACGCUUACACAAUGUACAAAAAGACCAAGAUGGCUUCCAGUGGGUUUAUACCCCCGACACCUAUGAGCAGCAACACAUACUCCACCGCUGGCAUCACUCAGCGCUACCCGGUCCCCGGGACCACCCCUGUCACCAUGGUGACCCAUGGCCCGCCUGUUGGGUUUGCUCGCCCCACGAACUAUCGUAUGAUGCCGCAGGGGGAGGGGCUGGGUACUGUAGUGACUGGGAUGGGGCCUGCAGUGGGUGACACCCACCCAGCGUUCUUGCAGCAGCAGUAUGUGCCUAAGUUCCCUGUGGAGAAGGCAAGUGAGAGGAUCAUACCCAUACAGAUUGAAAACCAGUCUCAAGUGAGUAACAGACCAUCCAUUUCCAUGGUGACACGGCCAAACCGCCCAUCCCCACCCCCCUACCAGGCCCUUGUAAACCCUGCAAGGACAGCAGGUGGCAUCCGUGUAGAGGCUUUACCAAAGUCCCAGUCUUGUCCGGUGCCUACACGCAAUGACCCAGUCUGGGACCCCAAAGACGCUUACAAUGACAGCUACACACCUGCAGCAAAGACUGGCUUUAUGAACACAGAUAGAAUCCUAACUGAGAGUGGAAAUAGAACUUCUCAGAAUCUUGUGAGAGUUGAUGAUGUUAAGCCUGCUCAGAGUCUUGUUAGAGCAGAGGAUGUGAAGCCUCUGGAUAAUGGCUGCCUUAAUUCUCCAAAAAUUGCUGCUGGAAGUACAUCUCCCAAGAUCCUGAAGCGUGGGAUCUCCAAGAUUUCGGAGAACUCGUUCCUGGUAGACCAGGAGAGGCAGAACGUUCUACACGACAUUGUCGAAGACUGCCAUGACAACAUGUACGUGCAGACAUUCUUGUUACCGGAUAUCAGCGGAUACUCUGACGAUUUCAGAGACUUCCUCGAGAAGGACCUCAUUGAGUUGUCUACCCUGGUUUCCUUGGAGCAAGCCGGUCGACUAAACUGGUGGGCAGAGCUCGGUGUGUGUCAAAGACUGAUGCCUAUGGCAACCUCAGGGGAUGGGAACUGCUUGCUACAUGCUGCAUCUCUCGCCAUGUGGGGGAUCCAUGACAGGCAGCUGAUGUUACGCAAGGCCCUGUAUGACACCCUCACCAAGAAGUUUUACAGCAACGCCCUCUAUAGACGCUGGAGACUUCAACAAACACAGACACACAAACAGGCAGGGUUGAUCUUCACUGAGGCGGAGUGGAAGACAGAGUGGGACAAUGUUCUGCGUCUCGCGUCCACGACCCCACGCACGCUGCCCGGCAGUGCGCCACGCAGUAACAGCUGCUGUAACAGCAUGCUCACCCAGCAAAACAGCUCUUCCACAAUGCCAGAAGCCAACUCCGACUCCCCCAUCGUGUACGAGAGCCUGGAAGAAUUCCACGUGUUUGUCCUCGCACAUGUCAUACAGCGCCCCAUCAUUGUGGUGGCGGACACCAUCCUGAGGGACGCCAGUGGGGAGGCUAUGGCCCCCAUACCCUUUGGAGGGAUUUACCUGCCCCUGGAGUGUGAGGCAGCACACUGCUACAGGUCUCCACUGCUGCUCACAUAUGACGCCGCUCACUUCUCCGCCCUUGUGCCCAUGGAAUCUCAGAGGUCGGAGGAGGACAAGAAUUCUGCUUUACCAGUGGCCAUUCCAAUAGUGAGUUCAGAACUGAAGAUUCUGCCGCUGCAUUUUGCAAUCGACCCUGGCUCCUUCUACAACUGGGAGAAGAACCAGGGUGAGUUUAUGAUGCCUGAGGAACAGAAGAUAAACAUCCUGAAGCGCUACAUGGACCUAGAGCGGCUGCCAAUCAGUGGAAGCUUGCUGGACAGUGGCAGCGAUAAGAACUCAACAGGCUCGUAUGAGUCAGACGAUGGGCUCACAGAGAAAGGGAAGAAAGAAAAGAAACGGGGAAAUUCUGUCUCAAAACAGUUUGGAAGCUUUGGUAAAAGUGUGGGAAAAAAAUUGAAAAAUCUUGGUAAAGGUGGAAGUGGGAAAGAUGAGAAGAAGUCCAGUCGAAAUUCUAGUUCUCAGAAUUCCAAAAUUCCACUGACAAUAUCAGCUCUGGCAGAGAAUGAGCAACAGUCGCUAUGGUGCUGCCGCUUAGUCACACAGAAGAGUGUAACACACCAGAAAAUGAUUGACAACUAUUUAUGUGAUGCGAGUGAACGGUUUAAAGCAGACCUUGCAGGCAAUAAAAUUAAACACAAGGAGUCUAGUUCAAAUGUUGGUCAUCGAGUUCAGUGUGUAACUCAAGGCUGUAGCUUGUUUGGAACUGUUGAAACAAGUUAUCUAUGUUCGAAAUGUUACGCUGAUCAGAAAAAAGUAAUAAUCGAUCAGGAAAAAGAUAGGUUAAAGGAAUUUGAACACAAUAAACAUCAUAAACACAAAGAUGAGGUGGAUGGUACGAAAAUUGGUAAGUCCAAGUUCUAUGACAUGAAAAAUGGUGAAGUUCAGACCAGUGAAGUGUCUGCAAAAUCUAAGCAAAGCAUUCAGCCCCCCGUAGCAGUGAACAUUGGCUCCCAGUCCAAGGUUCCGGUCCCAAACUCUCAACAGAAGGGUCCAGUUCCCAGUUCCUUAAGCAAGAUCCCUAUUUCGACCCCUGGGGUCCCUCAAGCCCGACCCCUGACCCGAACGCCGUCCCCAGAUUAUGACAAUGUGGAGUACAAGUCCGCAGGAACUGUGAAACCCAGUGUUUCCAUGGUCCCAACUCAUUCCGUUAGCAACUAUGGGGCGCAGCGGUGUAUGAAUGAAGACUGUGCAUUUUAUGGUAACGACAAAUAUGACGGGUUUUGCUCUUCAUGCUUCAAGGAAAAACAAAAACUUCAAAAGCUGGUGUGAAAAUUGUAUGCUUUAAGUUAUUGUUAUGUUUGUUACAUGUAUCUAUUUUAAAAUAAUUUCUUCUGCUUAUAUGAUUGUUUAUUCCCAAUGUUUUAAAUGAAAUAAGAAGUUUCAUAAAAUUAUAUUGUCAGGGUUUUAAGAACAUUGGUAGGAACAUGAUUAUAAAAUUACAAUUCUAGCUUGUUUACAAUUUAGCUCGUUUACUCCGUCAUCGCUGUGUACUAAUUUAUUGACAAGUCUUGUGACAAGAAUUUCAUAUUCAUCCUUUAAUUUGAUUCCAGUCUGUGUUAAAUGUUUUUAAAUCUUUUUGUAUCAGGAUAGAGUUUUGUCUUUUAUUGCUAGAAGUCCCAGAGCAAUUAUCAAUUAGAUUCCAUAAGGGCCCAUUUUCCAAGACUUAAGAAUGUCUAGAAAUACUUUUGCGUUUGUAAAGACGCAGACCCCAUGGGUGUUAAUUUCUUUCACAAACUAUUCAAGAUAAAGAAUAAAAAAAUUAUUGAAAAACAUCUAGUACGAAUGGCAGCUUUUUAAAGAACAUAACCAUGUUAUUGGUUUUUUAAGUAAAUGUCAUUAAUCUUCAGGCUUAGUUUGAUGAAUAUGGGCAUUAACAUGCUUUAUUAGAUCUAAGUAACUGUUGUUCUUCAGUAUGGGUUGAUCACUAUCAUGAGCUGUGCUUUGAGAAAAUUGGGCUUAAUUCAGGUGCGCAAAAUAUUGUCCUAUAUUAGCAUGUGCAGACCACACAGGCUAAUCGUGGACGACACUUUCUGCCUAGAUUGGAUUUUGUUUAGAAGAGUCUCAACUUUCUUGAAAACAAAUUCCAGAGAUCAAUAAAAAAAACUAAAACUAUAAAAACUAUAAAAAAAAUCAUUUGAUUUGCACUCCCUGUUGAAUUCAAUUUCUUAUUUUAUUUUCGGAAGUAAAUGUAUUCACACAGGGAACAAUCAAACGUGCAAUAGAAAACUGGAGUUUCCUUCUGCUCAGUUAUCAGGAUGUGCCUCUUUACUGUUUAACUGCAGUAUCACCGUACAGUAUUUUGUCAAAUAUAUCAAGGGUUUGAAAGAGAAACAGUGUUAGAAAAUAUUAUGCAAACAUUUUGGCAUGAAUGAAAAAAGCCUUGAAUUGAAACCUAUUUUAUAUUUGCACAGUUAAAGCAUGACAUAUACAUUUUUCAACUCAGUUAGUAGGAUCUUACUGAGAUGCAACACUGUAACAGAAUACUUGCUAAUUUCCCGACCAGGUGUCCAAUUUAUAAAGCAGGAAAUGAAAUGUUUGUAAUACCUGUAGCAAUAGAUAAGCUUGUGAAAACAAGCUGAUGAUCAUCAGUGUCUUUUCCUUUUUCAUAUUUCGAAGCCUCUACUUUUUUUAGAUAAUAGCUGUGUGGGGUGUGCAUUUUUAUUUAAUUUGUGUAAAAUUAUUUUUAAACAAAUUAAGAAUUAAACAUAUUGUUUUUUAUGCCCCCUGUAGGGUGGCAUAUAGCAGCUGAACUGUCUGUCAGUAUGACAGUCAGUCUGUCCGUCCGUCCAAAAAAAACUUGAACAUUGGCCAUAACUUUUUCAAUAUUGAAGAUAGCAACUUGAUAUUUGGCAUGCAUGUGUAUCUCAUGAAGCUGCACAUUUUGAGUGGUGGAAGUUCAAGGUCAUGGUCAUCCUUCAAGGUCAAAGGUCAACAACAACAAAAAAAAAUAAUUUCAAACCGGCGUUUUCAUGAAGCUGCACAUUUUGAGUGGUGGAAGUUCAAGGUCAAGGUCAUCCUUCAAGGUCAAGGUCAUCCUUCAAGGUCAAAGGUGAAAAAAAAUCGCGGCGGCGUUAUCAUGAAGCUGCACAUUUUGAGUGGUGGAAGUUCAAGGUCAAGGUCAUCCUUCAAGGUCAAAAAAAUAAAAUUAAGCGGCGCAAUAGGGGGCAUUGUGUUUAUGACGAACACAUCUCUUGUUAAUAAUGAAUAGCAGUCUAUUAUGGCCAACUGGUACACUACCAGUUGUGACAUUAUACUCAAAUAUGUACUUUGGCUGAUAUUUAUUAUAUAUCAGUUGUACAAUUCAUAUUCUGCUAGUUAUCUUAAAAAAUAAUUUAUGCUUCGAUGUACAUUCCGACUGUUAAGAAUAUUUAUUUAUAAUUUUAUCUGGUAAUGUACUUGAGACUACUUUGAGUGUCGUACUUAACUUAUUACGGUUAGGCUGUUAUUACAAAAUUAAAUUAGAACAGCUACAUGUAACAAAACUUUGCCACAUUUCAUCAUAGAAAAAUAUGGAUAUGUGUGAUUUUUAUGAUUUUAGUCUACACAAAUUAUUUGAAUAUUACAUUGUGUUUCUUACAACAACUUGUGUUCCUCAUGACACUACAGCUGGCAUUUACUUUAUUAUUUUGACUUAGUUAAUGUGUGGUAUAAAUGCAUGUUUAAUACAGACUUUACCAAGUAUAGGAAAACAGGAACAACUUUAGCGACAAUAGUGUUUGAUUUUAUAACAUUUUACUCUCCCAUUAUGUCAGCUCCAAUCUUAUUAAACUACAAAUACAUUAUAUGCACAAUACAUUAUUUAUAAUGUUACCAUUCAUUAAUUGCUUGCUUCUUUAUAUCCAAAAAUACUUGCUUGCUAAUUGUUAUCUCUUUAAGUGAAUGUGAAGCCUAUUUAAUUAUUCUUUGUAUAUUUUAAUGUUUAUUUGUACCAAAUUCAUGGGUUGGUUUGGUAAUGUUACACAUCAAAUGAAAUUUAACAAUAGUAUGGUAUAAUGGUAAAACAUAAUGUAGCAAUGUAUUUCUAGUCAAA